CGUAUAUAUCAUCAAAGGAAAUUCCUAUUGUACAAAUUAUCCUAGAGUAUUAGAUACCUGCCUAUAAUAUACACUAUGUAGGUAUAUAUAUACCUACACAUUCAAGAUACAUAAAAAGGACCACUUGGCAGAAGUUCAGUGAAAGCUGUGAGACCGAAUUAGAUAUCAACAUUGUCAAAAUUUACUUAUAAAAUGAUUACACGAUUUAUUUUAAAUUUAAUCUUUUGUGUUCUCGCUGCCACGCGCGAAAUAAACGACCUUUCACGAGAGCGUCAACGCGCUCUUUUAAGAAUAGACCGUAGUUGCGAUCUCGGCUCCUGUUUUCCUACCUCCGGGGAUAUCCUCAUCGGUCGUGAAAACCAUAUUUCUGCUACGUCAACAUGUGGAACAAACAAACGCGAUAAGUACUGUGAAGUUACAAAAAGGGAAACCUGCUUCUGGUGUGACUCCAGUAACGAUACUAUCAAUGAUUUUAAAUUAAACCAUAGAAUACACAACGUUAUUUCUAAAUAUUCCGGAACUCGUGGCGAAUCGUGGUGGCAAUCCGAGAAUGGCAAAGAUAAUGUUUCCAUCCAGUUGGAUUUGGAAGUAGAAUUCCAUCUUAAGCAGUUAAUGAUACAGUUCAAAUCAUAUUUACCAAAAGCCAUGUUAGUAGAGACAUCAACCGAUUUAGGAAAAACAUGGCGUGUACAUCGUUAUUUUGCAUACAACUGUAGUCAAUCUUUCCCUGGAGUUCGGGAGUCAACAAGCAUAUUGACAGAAGCUGUUUGUGGGGCCAUAGCAUUAAGUGACGGGACAGUUAACUUUAGAUUUUCGCCUCUCAAUGUCAGUCUGUCUUCCAAGGAAUCAAAGAAUUUGUUUCGCGCUACUAACCUUCGGAUCAACUUUGCACAACUUCACACUUUUGAUUCAAACGGUAAAAUAUUAAACAACAGUGAAAAUAAAGCGAUAACUGGAGAUAAAUAUUACUAUGCCAUCAAAAAAAUGACUGUUCUUGGUUCUUGUUUCUGUAAUGGGCAUGCAGCAAGAUGUAUACCGUUUUCGGAUAUCGGCUCAAAUGGUAACAUGGUUCACGGUCGCUGCAAGUGCGCUCAUAAUACGUCGGGGAUAAAUUGCAAACAUUGUGACGAUAUGUUCAAUGAUUUACCUUGGAAGCCAGCUGUUGAAAAUAAAACGAAUGCGUGUAAAAAGUGUGACUGUGGUAAGCAAGCCAUGAAAUGCCAUUUCGAUUCUGAAGUUUUUAAUAAAAGUGGAAAAUUACAUGGUGGUGUUUGUGAUGGUGAUGACUGA